UGCAAAGAGCCUUCUUUGAUGGCUCGCAACACGCCCCCCUUCCCCCAGGUCCUAGCGCCCGGCGGGUUAGGGCCGAGCCGGUGGGGCUGGGGCUCUCUGAUUGUCGGUGCGUGCAGGUCCGCACGUCCCUAGACCCCCAUCCUUUAGGCUGUCUACCCCUCCCCACGACCUAUCGGUCUUCAAAGCUCCUUUGUCAGACCUUUCUCCUCAACAUCUCUUUGUAUGUGUAUUGACGGAAGGGUCCGCAUCACCUACUGACCCUGGGUGGUGUGGAUGGUCUGGAGGUAGCGGUGAGAGGACACCUAGGCGCAGGCUUUUAGAAGCCGAGGAGCGCGUUCCCAGAAGCCUGGGCCCCGGACCUUGGCCCAGAGCCAGCCUGGCUUGCCUGGCACUGCUGUUCUCAUGUGGGCACAAGCCAGGCCCCGCCCUCUCAGAGGCCUGGGUGGGGGUGGGGAAGAGCUAGCCGAUGCUGUGGGAACGGAUUACCCAGAGAAAAACCCAGGCAGGCUGGGCAAGACUCCAGGGGACAGGAUCCUCCCUGCCUCUUCUCACCUUCCCCUCUCUAAGGAAGGAAGAUGUCUGGAGUCCCCUCUGCCAAUAACUGUCGGGGAGAACGGCACCAGCCAGGAGAAUGACCCAGGUUCCAGGGGCAGAUCCAGGAGGAAGCGAAGUCUUCGAGUCUUUGUAAUUUCUGCUACCUGAGCUCAGGAGAGACACUGCAGAGUCCUUGCAGACCUCACCAUGCCAGUUGCCGCCACCAACUCUGAGUCUGCCAUGCAGCAAGUCCUGGAUAACCUGGGAUCCCUCCCCAAUGCCACGGGGGCCGCGGAGCUGGACCUGAUCUUCCUUCGAGGCAUUAUGGAAAGUCCCAUAGUAAGAUCCCUGGCCAAGGCCCACGAGCGGCUGGAGGAGACCAAGCUGGAGGCCGUGCGGGACAACAACCUGGAGCUGGUGCAGGAGAUCCUUCGGGAUCUGGCGCAGCUGGCAGAGCAGAGCAGCACAGCCGCGGAGCUGGCCCGCAUCCUCCAAGAGCCUCACUUCCAGUCCCUCCUGGAGACACACGACUCUGUGGCCUCGAAGACCUAUGAGACUCCCCCGCCCAGCCCUGGCCUGGACCCCACCUUCAGCAACCAGCCGGUGCCUCCCGACGCGGUCCGCAUGGUGGGCAUCCGCAAGACCGCUGGAGAGCAUCUGGGAGUGACGUUCCGUGUGGAGGGCGGCGAGUUGGUGAUCGCGCGCAUUCUGCACGGCGGCAUGGUGGCUCAGCAAGGCCUGCUGCACGUGGGCGACAUCAUCAAGGAGGUGAACGGGCAGCCAGUGGGCAGCGACCCCCGCGCGCUGCAGGAGCUCUUGCGCAGUGCCAGCGGCAGCGUCAUCCUCAAGAUCCUGCCCAGCUACCAGGAGCCCCAUCUGCCCCGCCAGGUAUUUGUGAAAUGCCACUUCGACUACGACCCUGCAAGAGACAGCCUUAUCCCCUGCAAGGAAGCCGGCCUGCGCUUCAGUGCUGGGGACUUACUGCAGAUUGUAAACCAGGACGAUGCUAACUGGUGGCAGGCAUGCCACGUCGAAGGGGGCAGCGCUGGGCUCAUCCCCAGCCAGCUGCUGGAGGAGAAGCGGAAAGCCUUUGUCAAACGGGAUCUGGAGCUGACACCCACCUCAGGGACCCUAUGUGGCAGCCUUUCAGGAAAGAAAAAGAAGCGAAUGAUGUAUUUGACUACGAAGAAUGCAGAGUUUGACCGGCAUGAGCUGCUCAUUUAUGAGGAGGUGGCCCGCAUGCCCCCCUUCCGCCGGAAAACCCUGGUGCUCAUCGGAGCCCAGGGUGUGGGCCGGCGCAGCCUGAAGAACAAACUCAUCAUGUGGGAUCCAGAUCGCUAUGGCACCACCGUGCCCUACACGUCCCGGCGGCCCAAGGACUCCGAACGGGAAGGUCAGGGCUACAGCUUUGUGUCCCGUGGGGAGAUGGAGGCGGACAUCCGCGCUGGGCGCUACCUGGAACAUGGCGAGUACGAGGGCAACCUGUAUGGCACGCGCAUCGACUCCAUCCGGGGCGUGGUCGCCGCCGGCAAAGUGUGCGUGCUGGAUGUCAACCCCCAGGCAGUGAAAGUGCUGAGAACAGCUGAGUUUGUCCCUUAUGUGGUGUUCAUCGAGGCCCCUGACUACGAGACCCUCCGGGCCAUGAACCGGGCUGCAUUGGAGAGUGGGCUGUCCACCAAGCAGCUUACGCAGGAGGCAGACCUGAGGAGGACAGUGGAAGAGAGCAGCCGCAUCCAGAGAGGCUACGGGCACUACUUCGACCUCAGCCUGGUCAACACCAACCUGGAGAGGACCUUUCGUGAGCUCCAGGCUGCCAUGGAGAAGCUGCGGACAGAGCCCCAGUGGGUGCCUGUCAGCUGGGUGUACUGAGCCUGUUCAUGUGGACCUCACCCCUCUGGGUUGCGACCCAUCCCCUUCCCCAGCCAUGACCCCCAGCCAUGAUCCUUAGCUCUCAUCCCUGGUGGUCUGGCUCUCCCUGGGUGAUGGCUCCUAGGGGGCCCUAAUCUGGCUUCAGCACAGAGGCAUGCACUGCCAAGGAGAUGGGGUGUUCAUGGGGUACCUCUGUGCCCAGGUGCUGCCCACUCCCCAUGCCCACUGGCCACCAGAUGUCCCUCUCUGAGGGCCAGGCUGUGCCCAGGAGUGUCAGAGUCACCUCCAUAGUGCUCAGUCCAGAGAAGAGAAAAGCUGCUUUGGGACCCUGUGGUCAGUAGGUACACUGCCCCCAGGGUAUCUCUCUGCAGUUACCUUUUCUCCUUGGGCUAGCCACGCCCACCCAAUUCCUGGGCUCCUCCCACCUCUCACACCUGUGGCCUAGGAGUGGGCCUUGGGCUGUUUCCAGACCGGGGAGUGCAGGUCCCAGCAGCCAGGCAGUCCUCGGCGUGGUGGCAGCCUGGUGCCGUCCUGAAGGCUGGAGGAACCCGAGCUUGAACCAGCUCCCACGGCGGGGGGAGCAGGGCUGUCCUAGCUCCUGUGGAAUCAGGCGGAGUCCCACAAGCGGACCCCGCCCUGUCCUUCCCUCAUCCACAGCUUUUCACUGCCGAAGUCUCUCCACAGACUUCUCCAACGUGCCCCUGACAGGUCAGCUCUGCUCCCCCGCAGGGCAAGGCCAACAGGGGUGAGUGGGCUCAACAGGGGUAGGGGUGGGCUGAAGACCGAGCCAAGUGACAGGGAGCCUGCUCCUACUGAUCGUGGCCGACGGUGGGGCAUAUCUGGGCUCCCUGUUCGUGACCAUUGUCCAUUGUGGUCUCUCUGGGGGGGUCCAGGUGGCCCACUUGCAUCAGAUCUGCCUGGGGGGUGGCGCUGGGGAUGGGGCGCAGAGGGGACCUUGUGAGCAGGCCAUGGGGCCUGGGCUCAGGCGGAGGACAUUUGUGCUCUAGCCAGCUUCUUGUCGAGCAACUCCAGGGGGCGCUAUCCACACGGUUUCAGCGCAGCUUCUGUUCCUCAUGCUGCGGCACCCGGUCUGUGUGUGUGCCAUUGGUGUGUGUGUAUCAGUGUUGGUUUUUUGGAGAAAAGAAGCAAAGGGUGGUUUUGCUUUGGAGGUCACUUUUUGGGGGUUCCCCAUCAGCCCCCAUUUCAUAUGAGACUCUUAUCCCAGAUUGCAGAGCCUUGGCCCUCCCCAGAUGUCUUCCUCCCCCUCUCCUGCUGUUCCCUUAUCCUAAAAGACACCCCCCGAGUCCUUGGGGAAGGCAAUUGUGUAAAAUAGAAUCCCUUUUAAGAAAAUAAUGCCGUCCUAGACUUCCCCAGGCAUCUGUCCCUCGUCCUUCUUUGUGAUCCUGCCUGGGGUCAGCCUGUCCUUGCCGGGACCACCCCAUCACCCCCACCGCCCCCCCCCCCCCCCCCCCGUGACUU